UUGAAUCGAGGAAUUCUUUCCAUGGCGUUGCUAACUCAGCAAUCACAGAGAUUCUUAUUGAACGGAAUUAACUUCAGCUCCGGCUUGAAGUCUAAGAAGAACAGUAUCAGAGAGAGAAGCCGAUGGUGUUGUGCAAUCGCCAUUGACGCCCCAACCUCGUUGACAGGCGUUGCGGAAAUCAGAUGGGGAUGCAGCCGAUUACAAGGCCCUCGUCAAGAAAUGGAAGAUGAUGCUGUCGUACGAACUGAUAACCUUGACGGAUUUUCUUUUGCUGCGCUCUUUGAUGGUCACGCUGGCUUUUCAUCCGUCAAAUUCCUCAGGGACGAGUUGUUCAAAGAAUGCGUUGAGGCUUUACAAGGCGGUUUGCUGUUAAGUAGCAAAGAUUUCAAUGCUGUAAGCGAGGCACUACAGGAGGCAUUUACGAAUGCCGAUAUAAAAUUGCUGAAUUGGCUUGAAGUGAAUGGAGAGGAAGUUGAGUCCGGUUCAACAGCUACAGUUAUGUUUGUUGGGAAUGAUAUGUUGGUCAUUUCACAUGUUGGGGAUUCAUCUGUGGUGCUCUCCUGCUCUGGAAAAGCCGAGUUGUUAACCAGCUCUCAUCGACCUUAUGGAAGCAGCAAAGUUUCUCGUCAAGAAAUUAGGAGGAUCAAAGAAGCAGGUGGAUGGAUUGUUAAUGGAAGGAUAUGUGGUGAUAUUUCUAUAUCCCGUGCUUUUGGUGAUAUGAGGUUCAAGACGAAGAAGAAUGAAAUGCUGGAGAAAGGAGUUGAGGAGGGGAGAUGGACCCAAAAAUUUAUUUCUCGAUUGCAAUUCAAUGGAGACUUGGUUAUUGCUUCUCCUGAUACUUAUCAAGUGGCUCUUGGAUCCGAUGCAGAAUUUAUACUAUUAGCAAGUGAUGGAUUAUGGGAUUACAUGAACAGAACAGAUGCAGUAAUAUUUGUGAGGAAUCAACUUCGACAGCAUGGCAAUGUGCAGAUAGCUUGUGAGGCACUUGCACAAGCAGCUCUGGACCGGCGCUCACAAGAUAAUGUUAGCAUUGUCAUAGCUGAUUUGGGGAGGACAGAUUGGAGAAGUUUGCCUCAUCAGCAGGAAAGUUUUGUAUAUGAGUUAGGCCAAGCCUUUGCGACUAUUGGUAUUGUAUCGCUAGGAAUUUGGAUGUCAUCUUUGUUUUCCUCAUAAAAUUGAAGCUACUGUCAAUGUACAUAUUAGUGACAGAUUUUCAUAUUCUUGUCAUAUCAUGUAAAUGUAUAUGUUUCCCAGGUCAUUAUUAAUAGUUUUGUUCUGCUCAAGAUAAACUGAAUAAAUUAUGACACCCAUUAUUCUCUGCCGCUGCUGUUGAGAUCUUAUUGUUUUGUCAUGUAUAAACAUUACAGUCAUAUACAGGAGUGAUAUCAUGAUU